AUGGCAACAACCGAAAAAAUAUUUCGAAAAGACAUUUUAAAAGGAAAAGUUGCACUUGUAACCGGAGGUGGAAGUGGAAUAUGUAAAGGCAUGACCGAGGCAAUGUUAAGACAUGGUGCCAAGGUUGUUAUCACCAGUCGAAGUCAGGAAAGACUCGAUAAAGCCGCUGAAGAAAUGCGCAAAGAAAUUGGAGGAGAAAUACUUGCGAUUGCUUCUGACGUUCGUAAGCCGGAGGAAAUAAUAAAAGUUGUUGAUGCUACGAUUGAAAAGUUUGGAAGGAUUGACAUCUUGGUGAACGGUGCUGCUGGAAAUUUUCUAUCGCCCGUGGAUACUUUAUCGUAUCGAGGAUUUCGCACGGUGAUCGAGAUCGAUUUGCUUGGAACCUUCAAUACCAGUAAAGCGGCAUUUCCGUAUCUGAAAAAAUCCAAAGGAGUGGUGAUUAAUGUUUCGAGCAACCUUCAGUAUCAAGGUAUACCCUUUCAGUCGCACGUUUCUGCAGCUAAAGCGGGUAUUGAUGCAUUGACCCGAGUACUCGCAGCGGAAUGGGGACCACAUCAGAUUAGAGUGAAUUGCGUCUCUCCUGGUCCAAUCGAAGACACCGUGGGUUUGGAAAAGUUGUUGCCUCCGGCAGCUACAGUAGAAAUGACUAGAAAUAUUCCACUUCAGAGAUUUGGAAAAAUUCGGGAUAUCGAACAUGCAACACUAUUCUUAGCCUCGGAGGCGUCAAGUUAUGUGACGGGCACCAUAGUUUUAGUUGAUGGCGGAGAAGCGCUGAGGAGGACAUGGGCAUUUUCAUAUCCAGAGGGGGUGCUCAAUCCCACGGAUUUUUUGGGAAAAAAGUCGGGUUCAAAGUUGUAA